AUAUAUAUAUAUAUAUACACAUACAUACUUACCAAUUCGUUUAGGACUUCUUACAGGCAGUUGUGCUGAGCCUAAAGUGUGAUCUCUUUCUGACCCCAACAACCUGCCCUUAAAGAACAAGGGUGUGAGUUUCGUUUGAGGAUUAAUUUUCGAUACCAAAUGGAGGAGGAGCACGUCAAGAACAGCAACACACAUCGUGGAGAUGGAGAUGCCGAUGUCGGUGGUGUUCCAAUUCACAGCCAAGUCAUAAAGAUCAAGCAAGAAUUCGAUAAGAUCAAGCAUCCGUCGCUGAAGCAGACAGAGAUGAGACGAGUUAUAUGCAAGAUCACCAGGGAUCGCUCGCGUUCGCCUCUGGGUUUAGCCGAGAGACCCAUCUCUGUGGGCAACUAAAGGAAGGUUUGCCCAGGAUAAUAUAUGAAUAUCAUUUCUGCAUAGCAGCAGAUGCUUAUUAAGUUUAGAGAUCUUUUUCUUUGCUGUUAUUUCUAGGGAUAUAUUUACCACUUUACCCUUUUUGUUUUGGCUUUUAGUUUAUUCCCUGCCUCCAGUUGCUCUGUUUUUGGGAUUUACUGAACUUGUAUACAUCUCUCUUCUUCUUCUU